AAACCUCGACCAGUUCACACGUGAUCUUUCUUUUUACUGUCUGUCGGCCAUGGAAGAAGUAAUAAUCUCACCAUCCUCAUCUCCUUCAUUAGUUUCCUUUUCACAUGAAACUCCUCCUCUGACUCUCCAGCAGAGGCUUCAACAUGUAAUUGAAAGGCAGCUGGAUUGGUGGGCGUACGCUAUAUUUUGGCAAACGUCGAACGAUGACCAGGGUCGGUUGUUUUUGGCUUGGGGAGACGGUCAUUUUCAAGGCACCAAAGAUACGUCCCCGAAAUUACGUGCCAACAAAAGUUCAGACAUUCAGGGGUUGCACGAUGAACGAAGGAAGGUGAUGGAAGGAAUCCAAGCCCUCGUCGGAGACAACCACGACUUCGAUAUGUCGAUGAUCGACGGGACGGAUAUCAGCGAUGCUGAAUGGUUCUACAUGUUGUCUUUGACCCGGAGUUUCUCUGCCGGCGAAGGGAUCCCGGGAAAGUCUCUUACGACCGGCUCUUUGGUGUGGUUAACCGGUGCCCGCGAGUUGCAGUUUUAUAAUUGCGAAAGGGCUAAAGAAGCACAGUUGAAUGGCAUUGAAACGAUGGUCUGUAUACCGACUUCUUGUGGCGUUCUUGAACUUGGCUCCUCGGAAAUUAUCAGGGAAAACUGGGGAUUAGUCCAACAAGUGAAGUUCUUAUUCGGGUCGGAUCUCAACGGCAUGCUACCAAAACAAUCAACUCCAAACCCAGGGCGAAAUCAAAUCCAGUUCCUUGAUAGAAGCAUCUCAUUUUCUGACAUCGGCCUAAUCGCCGGUGUUCAAGAAGACAACAACAACGAAGCCGCGAAAGAUUCUACAAGACCCGAGGAAUCGUCUUUUGUUAACUUAGAGCAUUCGGAUUCCGAUUGUCCAUUGCUUGCCGGAAACAACACGAAGACGGAGAAUAGAACCCCAAAGAAACGUGGAAGAAAACCCGGUUCGGGACGAGAGCCGUUGUUGAACCACGUGGAAGCCGAAAGGCAACGCCGGGAGAAGCUGAACCACAGAUUCUACGCACUCCGAGCUGUAGUCCCCAACGUGUCCCGCAUGGACAAAGCGUCCCUCUUGUCCGACGCCGUCUCGUACAUCAACGAGCUCAAGUCCAAAAUCGAAGACCUCGAAUCGGAGCUUCGUAGAGAGUGUGAGAGAGUGAAGGUAGAAUCGGUGGAGCAGAUAACGACAGCCAAAACUAGCAAUUCAUCAUCAGCGACCGAUGGGUCUAGUGGGGUGGAACUAGAUAUCAAGAUCAUAGGAAAUGAUGCAAUGAUUAGGGUCCAAUCGAAGAACGUGAACUAUCCGUGUGCAAGGUUAAUGGAUGCGCUUCGUGAUUUGGAGGUUCAGGUCCAUCAUGCAAGCGUGUCGUGCGUUAAAGACAACGUGCUUCAGGAUAUUGUCGUCAAGGUUCCUCAUAUAUUCAAAACUAGUGAACAAGGCAUCAAAUCUGCUCUUCUCAGGAGGCUAGACCAGUAACCUUUUCUUCUUCAUUUUGUAUUUUACUUCCUCGAAUUUACCCUCGCGCUUUAAUUCUGCUUCUCAUGUAAUUAAUUAGGAAGAUAAAUUCAAGCA